UAUAAAUAAUUGCGCUAACAAACAAAUUUAUCAGUGUUUACAGUGAACCCCCCAACGAAGUAGUUAAUUUUUUACGAAUCUCUUUAAAUUAUGGCAUCAACAGGUGGAAAUAUUGCGCUCCUCUCUGUCUCUGACAAAAGGGGACUCCUAGAGCUCGGCCAACAACUCAACAGUUUGGGAUUCAAAUUGGUAGCCAGCGGCGGCACGGCCAAAUCUUUGCGCGAUGCCGGCCUCUCGGUCAGAGACGUUUCUGAAAUAUCAAACGCACCUGAAAUCUUGGGGGGCAGAGUUAAGACGUUGCACCCUGCAGUCCACGGUGGCAUUUUGUCCAGAUUGAUUCCAUCGGAUCAAGCAGAUUUGAAGAAACAAAACAUCGAAAUGAUUCGCAUUGUGGUUUGUAAUUUGUAUCCGUUUGUGCAAACGGUAUCGAAGCCUGAUGUUACUAUAGCGGAUGCAGUUGAAAAUAUCGAUAUUGGAGGAGUUACUUUAUUGAGGGCAGCAGCUAAAAAUCACGAAAGAGUAACAGUAGUCUGUGACCCUAACGAUUACGAAAAAAUUAUUGAUGAAAUCAAAACCAAUGCCAAUAAAGAUACAACUUUACAAACAAGGCAAAGUCUUGCCUUGAAAGCGUUUACACACACAUCUGACUACGAUCUGGCCAUAACUGAUUAUUUCAGAAAGCAAUAUUCACCUAAUGUAUCUCAACUUACUUUAAGAUAUGGUAUGAAUCCUCAUCAAAAACCAGCUCAAAUUUUUACAACUUUACCCAAGUUGCCUCUUACUGUUGUAAACGGAUCUCCGGGCUUUAUUAAUUUGUGUGACGCUUUAAAUGGCUGGCAAUUGGUUACAGAAUUGAAAAAAGCCCUGGGUUUACCUGCUGCUACCAGUUUCAAGCAUGUUUCACCUGCUGGAGCCGCUGUCGGUGUACAAUUGAGUCUGGAUGAGGCAAAACUAUGUAUGGUCGACGAUCUUCUAGAAAAACUCACCCCAAUAGCUUCAGCGUACGCCCGAGCCCGCGGCUCAGACAGAAUGUCAUCUUUUGGCGACUUCAUCGCUCUUUCCGAUAUUUGUGACGAAGUCACCGCUAAAAUAAUAUCCAGAGAAGUGUCAGAUGGCGUCAUUGCUCCAGGCUACACUCCCGAAGCUUUAGUUUUGUUGAACAAGAAGAAAAACGGAGGAUAUUGUGUUCUACAGAUUGAUCCCAAAUACAAACCAGAUCCAAUCGAACGUAAAAUCCUGUUUGGUCUUACUCUGGAGCAAAAGCGAAAUGACGCCAUAAUUGAUGCUUCAUUAUUCCAAAAUAUUGCAACCACUAAUAAAAACCUCCCACAAAGUGCUAUAAGAGAUCUUACAGUUGCUACUAUUGCUUUAAAAUACACUCAAAGUAAUUCGGUUUGCUAUGCCAGAGACGGACAAACUAUUGGAAUUGGUGCUGGACAACAAUCCAGAAUUCAUUGCACAAGGUUGGCAGGAGAGAAAGCUGACAAUUGGUAUCUGAGACGCCAUCCCAAAGUAUUAUCGAUGAAGUUCAAAAAAGGUGUGAAGCGGGCUGAAAUUUCUAAUGCCAUCGACAAUUAUGUAAACGGGACCGUUGGCAAAGACAUGGACCAACAAGUUUUCGAUUCAAUGUUUGAUGAGGUCCCUUCGGCUUUGACCGACAAAGACAAACGUGAUUGGUUAAACCAAAUGUCUGGGGUUGCUUUGGCUUCGGAUGCGUUUUUCCCUUUCAGAGAUAAUAUUGAUAGAGCAAGAUUGAGUGGGGUAUCUUAUGUAGGAAGUCCUGCAGGUUCCAAAAACGACGAUGAAGUUGUUAAGGCUUGUAACGAUCAUAAUAUUGUGAUGGCCUUUACUAAUUUGAGAUUGUUCCAUCAUUGAAACAUUCCAAUACUUUUAAGAUUAAAAAUAACUGCAAGUUACAAAAUUAUAUUUCUCAUUAAAUUGUUAGAAUUUUUUUUAUUAAAAUUAUACAUAAUUUUUUGGUUGUUUAA